CGGGGUGCGUAUCACGAAGAAAUCCAGGAGGUGAAGGACAGGAUUGAUAAUGCGCUCGCGUUCGUUGUAACUUUAAUUACGUGGCGACAUCUUCCACACAUCUCCUGGAGACCGCACAAUGAAACUUGUGCAUCUACACUAUAGAUGCAUGCACGAUUUUGCCUUUUGACAGUUGAACGAUAGAGGGAAUAAAACCAAACGCGUGUAAGAAAUAUAGUCUCCGGGUGUAGAAAGACUUUAAAGGAUAUGGUGAUGGGAAGCUAUUUAGUCACUGAAGCAUUGCUGAAAUCGCUGUAAGAUUCGAGCCGCCGAAGAGGAGGAGGAGGAGGAGGAUGUUUUUUGGAUUUGUGCCUCUUCAAGAGAAGCAAGGCUUAUUUAAGAAGAAAGAUCAUGGUGGCUAUCAGAGGGAAGUAUUCGGGAUCCGAGCAGCUGAAGAAAGCCAAUGAGGAGAGCUACGCGCCGGCCACGGCUGAGGACACACUCAUGAGUCUACUCCGCUGGGGUUAAAGAGUGCAGUGUGCACUACUUCCUGCCGCAGGUAGAGCUGUCACAGUGUGGUGUGGAGCUCUAGCUGUGUCAGAGGCUUGCCGUGUCCUUGCUGCGAGAGCUGCUCUGCUGGAUAUCGCAAUCGUUCUCACGCGCACACGCAGAGGAAUCCAUAUCCUGCCAUCGGCAUGGAGAAGUGCUGUUCUGAGUGUUCAGAGCCCAGGAUGGCACAGAGCUUGUGCACCUUCUGCAACAAGUGGCUGUGUUUCCAGUGCACAGACUUGCAUCAGCAUGAGAGAAGCUCCACUCAACCCUUUGACCUGCAGCACCAGCCGCGAGACCCUCCAUCACCGUCUGAAAUAGGAGCCGGUUGCUGCGGGCAUGCAGUUGUCAUGUGUCCUCUCCAUAAACAGGAGCCUCUGGAACUCCUGUGUGAAACGUGCGACCUCAUGGCCUGCAGCAUCUGUCACUUGUCAGCCCACAAAGACCAUCGACUGGUGCACGUUGGAAAGGCUCUGCAAGACCAGCGCUGGCUCCUGCAGAACCUCAUGGCCCGAGUAGAGGAGAAGAGAUCUGCUGUGGAGAGCACCGCUAAACAGAUCCAGGGCAGGCUCCAUGGUAUAAAGAUCACGCAGAGGAAGGCAGAGAACCAGAUAAAAAUGGCUAAGAUGAUUAUGAUGAACGAGCUUAACAAACGGGCCAACCUAUUAAUAGAACAACUGGAGAGUAUCUCCAGUGAUUUCAAGCAGCGUCUGGAGGACCAGCUGCAGGGGGCCAUAGAGCUGUGCAGCCAGCUGGAGCACUUGCAGAACUUCAUUACCUGGGCUACAGCCCACCACAGAUGCAAUCCACUGCUAUUCAGCAAAGAGCUGAUUGCUCUUCAGAUGCAGCAAUUAUUGGAGCCACUGAUGCUCUCAGAGGCUUGGACCCCGUUGAAAAUCAAGUUUAACUGGGAUGCCAGCUUCUGGACCAAGCAGAUGUCCACUUUAGGUCAGCUGGUUGUUGAAGGUGGAAGUCGUUCAUACCCAGAGGUUGUGGGUCAUCCCAGUAUCUUGCGACCCCAGACUGUCCCAUGCAUAGCAAUGCCUCCUCUGUGCCAUGCUGUACGGGAACCUGGCUGCGCCUGCCAGACCUUCUGCCAGCCCCAGCUCUGCUGUCUUCACUGCAGACCUACUCAAUCCGUCCCUUUGGAUAAAUUUCCUUCCCAGUGUCCACAGGCCGCCAGGCGGAGCUCCCCGCCAUCUCUUCACAGCUGCUGUGAGGCUGAUGCAUCUGUCCUGGUGCAUCCACCUGGAGCUCAGCCUCUACAGCAGUCCACCUCUCACCCUGGAUCUGACCCUGUCCAGCAUGGAACCAGCUCCGCUUCACCUCGACAGCCCGUCGUAGCCAACAACCACCCGUUGUCUGAGCCGCUCCCUGCUAAUUCCAACCAGGCUGCCGUGGACGGGAGAAAUGCUGCACCAGGCCUGCCUCCCUGUGAAAGAGGGCAAACAUCUGCACCCGAAGCAGUUACAGGGCAAGAAGCAUCACCAGACAAAGAGCUGCCGCAGGUCCGCAAUCAGGCUCAAGUGCAGACAACCACAGAAACCAGCAACCAGCCCAUGAUUGAAUUGCAGCCUAUCGUUGCUCGCAUCGAUGAUGACAGGAGAUCCUCGGCGCUAGAGAUGUUCACGCGGGCUCAAGGCCGAGGAGGUGACGGCCAGAAGAGGGCGACCAGGUCUCAGAGCAUCUCAAAAGGACCCAGAGGACCUCGUAAAAGGCUCUGUAAAGACAGGCUGACCAGGGCUGCUCACAGCCUGGCAACAGUGGCUGGGGACCAGGGAUGCACAACGCAGCAGCUGGUCUGUGCACGACUCGAUGCUUCUGAGAUGAUCCCAGGACAUAUAAACAGUCACACUGCAUCCUCUCUGACCACCUACAAGUCUGAACCAGAUAACGUAUAUGCAUAUGCCUAUGAAAACAGAAGGCUGAAAACCAGAAAGAAGAAAAGAUUGUCUCGAGAAGAUCCAGACACCAGUGAUAAAGAAGCCCCAGAUGGUUCGAAGGUUCCAGUUGUGUGUCUUGAGCGACUCAAGAUUCUAGUGUCACGACAUCCACCACAGAACCAUCAGAGCACAGACCUUACUUCUCAAACAGAGCCUGGACUCAAACCUGAAGAAACUGUCUUCAGGGUGCUAGAGAGAAAGGUCACUUGUCAGGGAACUUUGGAUAAGGAGUCAGUUCAGACAGAGGACAGCGUGUCGCCCAUAGAGCAGCUAUCACCAGAACAUCUGCAUAGCAGUGAAUCAUCUGGCUCCCUUGAGGUUUAUCAGCCUCCUGUGCAAGAAUUUUGCAACAUAAACCAAGAGUCCAGUGUACUAGCCAUCUCCAAUGAUUCAGACCCUAUCUCACAACCUGACACCGAAGAACUAAACUCCCCAUCUGAGCUCAGAUCAGUGACAGGUUCUGAUUUCCAAACUGAAUCCACAAGAGAGGCUGAAGCAGGCGCAGAUGCAGAUGUGGAAUCGGAGCUCCUGCAGGAAUCAGAUCCGAGCGCUGAAUCCGAACUGCAGGUCGAUUCUGAAUCAGAUGUGAUUUCAGAGCAGCCUCCUGAAUCGGUGCUCUCGGCUUCUGAACAGGAAUUUGAAUCGGAUCCAGAUUCCACGGCCGAAGUGACUCUGAAUCUUGAACCGGAGUCUGAAUGGGAAGCGGAGCAGCCGGUUCUUCCACCUGCCGCCGGCUCUGAGACUAUAUCAGAACCUGCCGUUGAACAUCAACCUGCAGAGGAAAGCCCGGAGAUAGAGAAUGAAGACUUCUGUGCGGUCUGUCUCAUCGGAGGAGACCUUCUCUGCUGUGACCGUUGCCCUAAAGUCUUUCACCUGUCAUGCCAUGUCCCUCCUCUCCAUAGUUUCCCCAUAGGCGACUGGAUUUGCACCCUGUGCAGGGAUGUGGAGCAGCCAGAGGUGGAAUAUGACUGUGAGAAUGACCAGAUGUCCACGGGUUCGCUACCAUAUGGGCUGUCGGCGUGUGACCAGAGGAAAUGCGAGAAGUUGACGCUGCUGAUCCUCAGCAACAUUCUCAGCACUCCGUUCCAUGAGCCUGUCAGCCCUCUGGCCCGUCAUUAUUAUCAGAUCAUCAAGAAACCCAUGGAUUUGUCUGUCAUUCGGAACAGGCUCAGCAGAACCAGCAACACACACUAUCGUUCCCCGCAAGAGUUUGUGGCUGAUGUCCUGCUCAUGUUCAAAAACUGUGCCAAGUUCAACUACCCGGACUCAGAGGUGGCUCAGGCAGGCCACAGUCUACAGUCCUUUUUUACAUCCAAACUGAGGGAGGUUUUCCCAGAUCUGACCUGCCCUGUCCAGGAGGAGGAGGACUCAGACAAUGAGGAUUACGAGGAGCUGGAGAGAGCUAUGGCGACUGGAUUUCCCUGGCCUGAGAGAAAAGAGCAGAGCCACAGGAAGAGGAAGAGAAGGCACUCCCUCAACUGGAGGAGAAAUCACUAUUAGUUGUGCCUCUCUCUCUCUCUAUAUAUGUACAGAGACUUUUGACCUACUCACUCUGAGUUUUCCAUCCUGUGUGACUUGCUGUUUUUUAAAGAUUCAUGUUGAAAUACAGUAUAUGCUUUUUCUGAGGACUAAUCUCACACAUUAUAACCAGUUGAUGUGUUAUGCUGUUAUCUGUAGCUGUGGGUAGGUGUUGAUAUAAGCCUAUAUCUCUAGACUUCGCCUAAGGUCUUGCACUAGUAUUUAUUCCAAUGCAUACACUUACAUUAAAUAGUACAAUCAAUUUGAUAGCUGACUGGUUGCUGGCAGUUGCUACUUAAUAAAUAUAGAUAAGCAACAUUAAUUGGUAAUAUUAUAUAUUUGCUCUAAAUUUCAUUCUUCUUUUGAUCCAAAUAUGCCUUAUAAUGAGGUAGUUUUUCCAGCUGUUUUACUGUGAUGACUUUAAUGAUCUGUAGAGGGAGCACUUCAUAUAGCCUGUGGCAACCUGUUUUUAUACAGUCUAUGGUGGCAACACAUUAGUUAAUAUCGGACUUUUUCAGUGGCAGGAGCAGUGCUUAAUUUGAGCCGGAUCCUGUUCCGGAAAAUUUCAGAUUUGGGAUUUUUCGUUCCGGUAAUUGUUUUUAAGGAUCCGCCAUUAGAUAGUGCGUGCGUGCGUGCGUGCAUAUGAGAGCGAGCGCAUAUUUGGAGGUUAUGCAUUGGUCCUCAACAUAAUUUUGAGCGAGCGCAUAUUUGGAGGUUAUGCAUUGGUCCUCAACAUAUUUUUGACCGUGACCAGUUAGCUUUCUUCAAACUCGCUCUCACUGAUGUUUUGUGAGCAGCAGAACGUUUGGAGAGAGUGUAAUAAUACCAGAAAUAAUACCAAAUAAAGUGAAAUAUGAUAGGCUAAUGUAUAAACACUACAUACACACAUAGCUAUACGUUAGUAUAGCUCACUCCAAAACAAAUCAUAUAAAUGUAACGGUAUUCAGAACAGAACAAGAAUGAAAUAAAAAUAUAUAUACCUAAAGAAACCAAAACAAAGCGAAACUGAAAGUACCAGGCGUUAAUUGGGCUCACGGACCUCUCAUUCGUCACAAAUCCUAAUGUUUCCAUAUUCGCAAUGUAUUUGAAUGAAACUAUUAUUUAUAAUGUAGAGGCUUUGUACUUCACGCGCGUUCAUAUAUCGACAGAAAUAUCAUCUUCACAUGAGCAAAAAUGUGCUUGGCAUACAAAGUGGACCGGUUAUACCACGGACUAUUUAAAUUGACCAGUGAAACCUUUUUUGGUUGACUAUUUUAUUUUGAUAAUGAAGAGACUGCGGUGUUUGAGUUUGAGCGAAUAUGUUGUCUGUCUGUCUGUGUGUGUGUGUGUGUGUGUGUGUGUGUGAG